AUGACGCUGCUGAAUGCCUGUGAGCGCGUUUGCGCACCCAACCCGAAGCUCCUGGCGUUCCAGUACAAGGGCUACGCAGGCUAUAACAAGCGUUGUGAGCUUCGGGGCGCUUUGGAUACAGUCCAGGAAGGCAAAAGCUUCUUCGCCUGCCACCCACACGGAAUUCUUUCUAUUGGCUGGAUCUGCAACGUUGUUUUUGGUCGCAACUUCCACAAGGUCGUGGGUCGCUGCAAUUAUCUCAUCGAUCCCACUUUGCGGAACAAGGGCUUGCUAGCCAAGUUGUUUUUGGAUGCCUUUGAGGGACCGCACGGAUCAAUCCGCGACACACGCGCAACCACAAUGCACGACCUCAUGAGAAAGGGCGAGUCAAUAUCCAUGAUUCCCGGUGCCUAUCAAGAGGCGACUCGCUUUUCCCACGGCCUUGAGAGAGUGGCACUGGCACAGCGCAGAGGUUUCGUGAAGUACUGCUUGCGCUACGGUUACAGAUUACAUCCAGUGUACACUUUUGGCGAGAGUCAGACGUACUCAACGUUGGGUGGCUUCGACAAACUCCGGCUCUGGCUGAAUCGCAAGGGCAUUCCAACCGUGUGCUUCUGGGGGUUGCCGUGGUGCCCUUUGCUGCCGCGAUGCAACCUUGAGUUGCUGACCUUCGUUGGUCCGGCCUUGGAGCUGCCCAAGCUGCCAGAACCGACGGAAGAGGAGGUGGAUCACUGGCACAAACAGUACAUGAAGGCAUUGGUCGAGCUUUUCGACAGACACAAGGCUGAGGCAGGAACACCCGCCGCAGUCUUGGAGAUCCUCUGA